CUCUCUGCUACUCAUUAGCAGCUCAGACAGAGAUUCAAGCAUUUGUGGUAUACUUGCUUUUGAAGUUUUUGAUUCCUCUUAAAGCUGCCAAAAACUCCUACAACAGGAAAAAUGCUGCCUGCAACUUUUAAACUGUGCGCUGGCAUCUCCUAUCGACAUAUGAGAAACAUGACAGGUUUGAGAAAGAAUGCCAUGGUGGCAAUUCACCAUGAGCUGAACCGACUGGCAGGUCCAGGUCCCUGUAACUGGAUCAGUCAAGUCCGGCGACGAAGCUCCUUUCUCAGUUCUCAGAUUAAGGAGGAAGAAGGCUACAAUGAGGAAGAAAUGUCUUAUGUGAAGCAAGGUGAGGAUGCACUACAAAAAGCCAUCAACAUUCUCAGCGAGCAGGAUGGUUGGACCGUGGAGACAGUAGCUGCAAAUGGAGAUAAAGUUUUGAGCAAAGUACUGCCUGACAUUGGUAAAGUGUUCAAACUGGAAGUAGUUCUGGAGCAGCAUCCUAACAACCUUUAUGAAGAGCUGGUGGGAAAUAUGGAGCAAAUGGGGGAGUGGAACCCUAAUGUCAAACAGGUCAAAAUUCUCCAGAAGAUCGGCCAGGACACAAUGAUAACCCAUGAGGUAUCUGCAGAGAUGCCUGGUAAUGUGGUGGGACCAAGGGACUUUGUCAGUGUCCGCUGCACCAAACGCAGAGGAUCCACCUGCUUUCUGGCUGGGAUGUCCACUCAGCACUCAAAAAUGCCAGAGCAGAAGGGUGUAAUAAGAGCAGAGAAUGGGCCUACCUGUAUAGUGAUGAAGCCCUGCAUUGAAGACCCAAAUAAGACCAAGUUUACCUGGUUAUUGAAUAUCGAUCUAAAGGGCUGGAUACCCAAGACAAUCAUAAACAAAGUGCUCUCUCAGACGCAGGUGGACUUUGCCAACCACCUCAGGCACAGGAUGGCAAAUAAUGCUUCUAUGGAGAUGGCUCACACCUGCUGAUACUAGACGCCUCCUGAGCAUUAGCACAAAGUGUUCAGCAGUGACAGAAAAGCAACCUUCAUCCAUUAACGUACCUAAAUCUGCUUAGUAGUAAGCAGUAAGAAAAUCCAAACAGUAUUAAGCUUUUUCUAGAAUCGUUAGGAAAUUUCUACACCAUUAUUUAGUAUUCUCGACCCAAAUAACAGAUCAUCAAAAUAGCAUCACUGCCAAGAAUUGUACACAUUGUGUGCCCUGGCUGUUUCAGCUAAGUUAAAAGUUGCCCCAGACUGUUAGCAUCAAAAGUCCAUGUUUGGUCAUUUUAAAACAAGAAAAGAUGUCUGGACAACAAACAUGUACAUUAUGAGCAUUUUUUCUACUUAUUAAAGUUAAACCCUAAAUUAAAAAAAUAUAUAUAUAUUUAUAUUUAUUUAUUUAUUUGCAUGAGUAAAUGACAAUUUAGGAAGACUCCAGUGUCCCAAAUCACAAAAAGACCUCUGAACUGUUAGGAAAAGCUACAGAAAACAACUAAGAGGAGACUGUACAUCCAACCCUUAAGGGUACAUAGAUGUGCUACAACUAUUUGCAAUGAAGAGCUAAUAGAGUUAAUAGAAACAAAGAAACUUAAAUCCUGCAAUGGCCUGCAAGUGAAUCUUAACAAUAACAGAAACAGUUCUGUACAUCCUAAAAAUGUCAGCACCAAUGAGAAGUGCACAAUAUCUUAUGGACAGAUUGAAUUAAAGGGACUGUUGUUUUCAUCCACUGAAAUUCGAAGCUUUGCCUUUCAUAAAGACAAAAUCAAGAGCAACACUUCAGUUAUCCUUCUGGAUUUAUAAUCAACUGGCUGCUGGCAGUUACCGUAUAUAUUUUUUUAUGGUUUUAUUGAAAUCCCACAAAAUAUUCCACAAAAAGUAGAAUUUACAAACCUUACAUCCCCCACUGAUGAGGUUCUAUGCUGCAGUAAUACAGGCUUAAAUGACGCAUUUGUCCUGAUACCUCCACCUCGGCAGAAACACUGAGUACACUUACAUGUAGUAAAGUGUUUCUUUUUGAUAAUUCUCUGGUUAUUGUCCUUUCUUCUAUUGUAAUUUGCACUUUUCUUUCAGUUUAGUAUUUAUUAAUAUUGCAUGAAUGCAUUGUAUUACAGUGACAGUGGAGUCAGUGAAUGAAAGUGUCACUGAUAUUUAUGCUUUUUCUAUGCUGUUGCUGAAGACUGUCCUUUCCUGAUGGAUUAGAGCUCAAAU